AGAACUCACACAGGAGAUAAACCCUUCUCGUGUACUGAAUGUGGCAAACGUCUUGGAACUAAAGCACUGCUUAAUGUGCAUAUAAGAACGCACACAGGAGAGAAACCUUUCUCGUGUUCUGAAUGUGGCAAAUGUUUUGUAACUAAAUCAAAUCUUGUUUGUCAUCAGAGAACUCACACAGGAGAUAAACCCUUCUCGUGUACUGAAUGUGGCAAACGUUAUAUUAAUAAAUCAACACUUGUUGUUCAUCAGAGAACUCACACAGGAGAGAAACCGUUCUCAUGUCCUGAAUGUAGCAAAAGUUUUAGAAUUAAAUUAGAGCUUAAUAUGCAUGUAAUAACUCACACAGGAGAGAAACCUUUCUCGUGUUCCGAAUGUGGCAAAUGUUUUGUAACUAAAUCAAAUCUUGUUCGUCAUCAGAGAACUCACACAGGAGAUAAACCCUUCUUGUGUACUGAAUGUGGCAAACGUUAUAUCAAUAAAUCAACGCUUGUUGUUCAUCAGAGAACUCACACAGGAGAGAAACCGUUCUCAUGUCCUGAAUGUAGCGCAUGUUUUAGAACUAAAGUAGAGCUUAAUAG